UCUAUGAACAGAAAGUACUCCAAACUGCCAGACGUCUGUGCGAAAAUGUUGGAACAAAAUGGCCAAAAAUUUUUCUUGUUAAGGUAUUGUGUCGACACUAUGGCAAUGAUUUGUAUAAUAGAUUGUAUAGGACACAUACUUGGAUUGCCUUGGACGACACCGAACAUCAGACAGAGGUAGCGGACAGAUAUAUCGUUGUUGGAGACGUUUACACAAUUAUCAGAGAUGCGGUGUCAAACACUGUUCUAAACAAAAAUAUUGAACAAUUGAACGGGUUACUACAGAAUGUUAAUCCACGACACAUGCCGGUGGAAACAUACUUGAAACUGGCCAUACACCGAGAAAUAACAUGCUCUUAUGUACGGCAAUCCGCACGUGAACAUAUGCAUGGGUUGAAAGAACUAAGAGAUUAUCUGGAGGCUGCUAUUUUUUUACAAGACAAGGAUCAGCUAGACAAGUUGCUGGACAAUGAACUUCAACAUGAGUUCUUGAAGAUAACCCCUGGAAGUGAUAUCGCUCAUCAAGGAUUGCAAUGCUUACUGGUUCAUUUUUAUUUUGUUAUGAACACAUUUAAAAUAGGUUCAACAUUACUUGAUGCGCUCAUAAUGUUGAUGAAUGGAAAUAAUUAUAUUCAGAAAAUGUUUUUGCCUACAAUGCCACAAGAUGACUGGGAAGAUAUUAAAGCUGUUAUGCGCAAUGCGUCAGGAACUGAAAAUGCUCGUUUUUAUCGUUGCCCAAACGGUCAUCUCUACAGUAUUGGAAAUUGUGGGAGACCAAUGGAAAUACAAACUUGCCCAGUUUGUGGAGAGAAGAUUGGUGAGAUAAAUUUUAAGCUGAUAGCAGGGAAUGUUGAAGACAAAGCGUGAGUAUUAGUA